AUGGCGAGCGGCGGCGCAUACCCCGUGCAGGUCCUCCACCUCCCCGGCGGCGGCGACGGCGGCCACUGGAGCAACCUCGGCGCCGCCUACGCCGACGUCACGUUCCUCCGCCCGCAGGGGCAGUCCCUAGUCCUGUACGCGGCGGGCCCCAACGCCGACGGCCAGCAGCCGCGGGGGCGCAUCGUGUUGGUGUACCCGAUCCUCCCCGGCGACGCCUUCGAGAGGCUGGACGGCGCGACGCUGUCGUGGGCGGAGCCCGAGUCCGGCGCCGAGUUCGCGCUCUGCUUCGCCGACGAGGCCGCGUGCGCCGCCAUCUGCGGGGCUAUCUCCGCCUCCCCGUCGUCGACGAUGGUGAGCCCCGUCGCGGCGGUCGAUGGCGUCGCCGAGAGGCUGGCGAGGCUGCGCGUGGCGAGGGACGAGGCUGCGCCGGCGCCGGCGCCGGCGGACAUCGCCGCACGCCUGGCGCAGCUCAGCAUCGGCCGCUAG